AUGUCCCUCCGCUCUAGCGCGGACAAGAAAGCCCCAAAUGCACCUCAACCAAGUCAGGAGAAGCAAGCAAAGCUUUUAGCAUCCGACACAGGCCAUUUCUCCAUGAUCAAAGCUCUCCACCUCGCCGACCUGAUCACCGAAUUGAACGGCUUCUGUGGUUUCAUGUCCAUCCUCUCCUCCAUGCGCUACUGCCUCGGCCCGCCAGACUCUUUUGGUAACAUGUGGGCCGCGCUGGCAUUCAUGCCAUUCGGGCUCUUCUUCGACUUCAUGGACGGCAAGGUUGCCCGGUGGAGGGGCAAAAGCAGUCUAAUGGGACAGGAACUGGACUCUUUGGCAGAUCUGAUUUCCUUCGGUGUCGCACCUGCAGCGUGCGCCUUUGCUCUUGGCCUCCGCACCCCACUUGACACCCUGUUCCUCUCCUUUUUCGUCCUCUGCGGGCUUACCCGCCUUGCCCGCUUCAACGUUACGGUCUCGUCUCUACCAAAGGACAGUACGGGCAAGAGUAAAUACUUUGAGGGAACCCCUAUACCUACCUCUUUAGGUAUCGUAUCCGGCAUGGCUUGGUGCGUCUGGAGUGGCAUGGUGGAGGGCGGCAGUCAAGGUGUCCUGGGAGGGGUCUGGGACCUCGGGUUUGGGGGAGGGGUGCACCCGAUUGUAGGCAUAUUCGUUGGAUGGGGUUGUGCGAUGGUGAGUAAGAGCAUACAUAUCCCGAAACCGUAG